AUGAAGCUGAAUUUUAUAGCACGGCGGGUUUUGAUGUCAAACGCAUAUCUCAUGCCGUUGUCAAGAGGCCGCAUGUUUUCAAGUUCAUCAAUGUCUGCAGUUAAGAGAUGGGAAGGCGGUGUUUCAAUGAUUCAAGGUGCCUCCAGAGGCAUUGGCCUUGAAUUUGUUAGACAACUGUUAGAGAGAAACGACAAAGGCUACGUUGUUGCAACAUGUCGUAAUCCUAAUGGGGCAACGGGACUUUUGGAGUUGAAGAAUGAGUUUGCUGAACGCCUUGAUAUUCAUAGGUUGGAUCUUACAAUUGAAAGCACUAUGGAGGAAACAGCGAAGUGCUUAAGAGAGAAAUAUGGUUAUCUGAAUCUUCUUGUUAAUGCAUCAGGCAUUCUUUCAAUACCUGAUGUUCUGAAGCCAGAAACAACAUUGAGCAAAGUAGAGAGAUCAUCGUUGCUUCUUGCUUAUGAGAUCAAUGCUGUUGGUCCUGUUUUGGUUGUCAAGCACAUGUGGCCCUUGCUCAAGAUUGGAGGUGGCUCUGAGACAAAAAGAGAUUUUGCUAUUGUUGCCAACAUCAGUGCGAGGGUCGGAUCAAUUGGAGAUAAUCGUCUUGGUGGAUGGCAUUCAUAUCGGGCAUCUAAGACUGCACUUAAUCAGUUGACCAAGACUGUAUCGGUGGAAUUUGUACGCAAGAAAGAUCCAAUUAUAUGCAUUUUAUUGCAUCCUGGCACCGUAGAUACAGAUUUAUCUAGACCAUUUCAGGGAAAUGUUCCAGAAGGAAAGCUCUUCACCAAAGAGUUUUCAGUCCAGAAGCUAUUGAGCAUCAUUAAAAAUGCUAAGGGAUCGGACAAUGGCAAGUUUUUUGCCUGGGAUGGUCAAGAAAUUCUGUGGUGA